CUGUUGCUACAUACUAGUAUCGCGAUGUAUCUCUAAGAGAGAUAGCGUGCCUAUAAAAAAACUUAUAUUUUAUAGUGUGUGUUUUGUUUUGUGGAUUUUUUUAAUUCAAAUAUGCAGAUGACAAAGUUACGCGGUGUUGUGAAUUUGGUAGCGGUGAAUAAAACCUUUCUAAGAUGCUCUACCUCUAUGACCAAAGAAAACACCGAAGCAGUCCAGAAUGUAAAAUCAUUUGAAGAAAUCCCUGGUCCUCCGUCGCUUCCUUUUCUGGGCUCCAUACUCAGUUUUCUACCUGGAGGCAAACUAUCAGGACUCAAAGGCAUCCAGCUAAAUGACAAGAUGUACCAACUAUACGGACCUAUAGUGAAGGCGGGAGUGUUUAUGGGAUCACCUCCUAUGAUCAUGCUGUUCGAUGCUGAUGCCACUGAACAAAUCCUCCGCUCAGAAAACACAAUGCCAAUAAGACUUGGUUUCGCUUCUCUGGAAUACUAUCGCAAGAAUCACAACAAGACGUAUGAUCCUAAACGACAGACUGGGCUGAUAACUGAUCACGGUGAAAGUUGGAAAGAUUUUCGAUCAAAAGUGAACCCCAUAAUGAUGCAGCCAAAGACCAUUAAACUGUAUAAGGAUGUUCUGGACGAAGUUGCCAAUGAUAUGGUUGCAAAAUUGCGGACAGACAGAGAUGAAAACAACAUGAUAACAAAGAACAUUGACUUUGAGAUGAACCUGUGGGCACUGGAAUCUAUCGGAGUCGUCGCACUAGGUUCCAGACUAAAUUGCUUUAACCCGAAACUACCAGCUGAUUCCCCAGUGAGAAAACUAAUCAAAAAUGUACAUGCUGUCUUCCAAGUCAUGAGUGAGCUUGACUUUGCACCAAGCCCUUGGAGAUACUUUGCAACACCAGCGUUUAACAAUGCAAUGAAAGUUUAUGAAGAACAAGAAACUUUAUCAAAAUUCUUCAUCGAUCAAGCAAUGAAAAAUAUGGAAAAAUCAGAAAAGAAGAAUGUCCCUUCCAACUCAGAAAAGCCAGUUUUGGAGAAGCUCCUUGAGAUCGAUGUGCGAAUAGCGCAUAUCAUGGCAUCUGAUAUGCUGAUGGCUGGAGUUGAUACGGCCGCAAACACAGUAUUAGCUACAUUUUACCUUCUCGCUAAGAACCCUGAAAAACAAAAGAAGCUCAGAGAAGAAGUAUUAGCCAAGGAUGGUCGGAAUGCUUACUUAAGGGCUUGCAUCAAGGAAUCUAUGCGAAUGCUACCUGUAGUAAACGGGAAUGUGAGGUUGACUACUAAAGAAUACGACUUGCUGGGGUACAGGAUACCAAAAGACGUCAUGAUAGUACUCUGCCACCAGUACAUGGCAAACAUGAAGGAGCACUACCCAAGACCAGACGAGUUCAUUCCAGAGAGAUGGCUGACUGACAAGGAGGACCCUCUUUACUAUGGCAACACGCAUCCCUUCGUCAACAUCCCGUUUGGCUACGGUGUGAGGAUGUGCAUAGGUCGCCGCAUCGCAGAACUAGAAAUGCAAACGUUUGUUUCUAAAGUAGUGGAAAACUUUGACAUUGGCUGGACGGGCGGGCCCAUCAACAUCACGGCCAAUGCUCUCAACUAUAUUACAGGACCUUUCCAUUUUGUAUUUAAAGACUUGUAGACAAAUUAAAUGAGAUUUUUGCAAAAAA